AUGUCUGCGAUGGAAGAUACAGAUGCUGACCAGCCAGUCACUGCCAAGGCCACGGUGCCAGACGCCGUCGCCUGCCGCUUCGGCAGGUGCCAGCAGCUUGGCAGUGGGCAGGUGCAGGCUGUCCAGGAGCGCGGCUGUCUCAGGAGAAAAGACAUCUGGCUGAUAGGGAGCGUGUGUCUCCUCUCGUCCUCCUUCCUCUGGCUGGUGUUCCGGACCCUGGUGACCCGCGGAGGCCCCGCACAGGCUCCCGCGCUCCAGGAUGCACAGGCUAAGGAGAAGCUCUGGCCCCACCCCAGCCUGGAGGAAACUGUGUGUGUCAAAGGCACAAGGACUUCACCCCUCACAGAUGACGCUCCAGCUCCUCCUGCGCCUUUCAGUCACCGGACAGUAACAGCAAGAGCGGCGGCCAUCGACAGCUUGUAUACCGUGACCAGGACGGAAAUGCUGGGAGGGGGGCGCUUUGGCCGGGUUCAUAAAUGUGAAGAGAAAGCAACUGGGCUGAAGCUGGCGGCCAAGAUCAUCAAGACCAGAAACAAGAAGGAAAAGGAUGAAGUGAAGAAUGAGAUCAACAUCAUGAAUCAGCUGGACCAUGUGAACCUCAUCCAGCUCUAUGAUGCCUUCGAGUCUAAGAACGCCGUUGUCCUGGUGAUGGAGUAUGUGGACGGAGGGGAGCUGUUCGACCGCAUCAUUGAUGACAACUACAAUCUGACCGAGUUAGAUACUAUUCUGUUCAUUAAGCAGAUUUGUGAGGGCAUAAGACACAUGCAUCUGAUGUACAUCCUCCAUCUGGACUUGAAGCCUGAGAAUAUCCUGUGUGUGAAUCGGGAUGCUAAGCAAAUAAAAAUUAUUGAUUUUGGAUUGGCCAGGAGAUAUAAACCCAGAGAGAAGCUGAAGGUGAACUUUGGCACCCCAGAAUUUCUUGCCCCUGAAGUUGUGAACUACGAUUUUGUUUCCUUCCCUACGGACAUGUGGAGUGUGGGGGUCAUCACCUACAUGCUGUUAAGCGGUCUGUCUCCUUUCCUGGGUGACACUGAUGUUGAGACCCUGAACAACAUCCUCGCCUGCAGGUGGGACUUGGAGGAGGAGGAAUUUCGGGACCUCUCAGACGAGGGCAGGGAGUUCAUCUCCAAGCUUCUGAUUAAGGAGAAGAGUUGGAGAAUAAGUGCAAGCGAAGCUCUCAAGCACCCUUGGUUGUCAGACCACAAGCUCCACUCCAGGCUCAAAACACAGAAGAGGAACUGCUGCUCAGAUGUGCAGGACCCUCUGGCCAAAUAGUCUGUGGACGGCGCCCGUCUGAAAGG